UAAAGUUGCCUCAAACAAAGACAGUCGGCGAGACGCAACCAAGGGAGCAUCACCGAGCAUCUGCAAACAUGAUAAUAUAGCUCAUCUUAACAACCCGCUGUAGAUCCCCGUUGCUGCUCAAAAAAUUAUUAUCAGUGAUCAGAGAAAAGGUAAACUCAGCCGAACAGAACCAGAACACUGUGUUCUCAUGAUGUCAUACCUGUGGAUUCUGCUGUUAGGGAGCCUGCUCAUCGGGGCUCAGUCGCAAGAAAUAUCUGAAGAACCUGCUGGGGACCUAGAAGCUGCAGAACCGGAGCCUGCAGCGGAGGAGGUACCUGCAGCUGCUGAGGAGACAGAGGCUGUAGAACCAGAAGCUACACCAGAAGAGGAACCUGCAGAGGCAGAGGAGACGGAGCCUGCAGGACCAGAAGACACACCAGAAGCAGAACCUGCAGAGGCAGAGGAGGCAGAGGAGACAGAGGUUGUAGAACCAGAAGCCACACCAGAAGCGGAAACUCCGGAGGCUGCACCAGAAGAGGAACCUGCAGGGCCAGAGGAGACAGAGGUUGUAGAACCAGAGGCUGGCGAGCCAGAGGCGGCAGAACCAGAUGCUGCAGCAGCGCCAGAGGAUGGUAAAACAGAGGGGGAUUCUGUAGAAACUGUGGGGGAAGAAGAGAUAGUCCCCGCAGAGGGGGAAAAGACAGAAGGGGAAGCAGCCCCAGAGGAGCCUGCCGCAGUUCCUGCUGAUCCCGAAACUGAAGCAGGUGACGGAGAUUUGAAUCUGGCAGAUGCUCUUGGGGCCGAGGAAGAAGAUGUGAAACCAGGCCGAAGCCGCAGCGGUGGUUCUGUGGCCCACACAGGAGAAGCCGCUUCAGAUGGUUCAGCCGAGGCUCAAGAGGCUAGCUCUGGUUCGGCGGUGGCGGGUAUUCUGAGUGCAGUGGGUGUGGCUCUGGUGGGAGCGAUCAGUGGAUACGUCGCCUAUCAGAAGAAGAAGCUCUGUUUCAAGAACAGAGGUGCAGCAGACCCAGAGAGCGCCAGGAAGCAGGAGGCUGAAGCACAGUCUGAUCCCCAGGUCCUCAGCAACCUCCUGAGCUCCUCCUAGACCCUGUGGCGGUCCAGACCAGCAGGACCGACGGGUGUUCCUUCGCUGAACCAGGCUGAAGCUCCACCUCAGCCUGAAUCUGGAUAGUUAGAAUACUGUGAGUUAGUGAGGCUGGAGGAGGGGGGCUGACCACCCCCACUCCUAACAAGCUGUAGGUGUGUGUGUGUGAGAGGUAUCAAUAGGAUAUCUGUCUGACAUCAGUCUGAUUCUGUUAAGUGUUGGGUUACAUUGUCUGUCCCCUAAACAGAGCUGAACUGUUUUUUUCCACUAAUUCCGCAAGGUUCUUUUCUUUUCUUUUGUUGUGCAAUCAAGGUACCUGUGAUAACUACAAUCACACUUGUCUAUAGUCAACUGUUCCUUUAGUGUCUGAUUUACAUUCAAUGAUUAGCCUGAGAGAUCAAAACACAAUAAUUACUUAAGAUUAUUUGGACCUUCAAUUUUAAAUACCCCUCUCACCUGCUAUGCUCUUAAUUGAAAGGGAAUAGUGCAAAGUUUUGAUGUCAGAUCUACAUGAAAUGAUGAGACAGUGAUGCACACGUCACUUCUAACUUAAAAACGUAAAGUUUGCAUUCGUUCGAAUCUCUGUUUAGCAGACUGAUGUCAGUUUAGCUGUGUUUGUGUUGGGUGUGGGCGGGGCUUAGGUAUCUUCACCGGGGUGUUUGUCUGGAAAUAUAGAAUGUACUGAACCUGUAGUAGUGGUGAUCUAGUCUGUGUCACAUUGUAAUGAUGUUCCUCCUCCAGUGCCUUAUCCUGGACACAGUCUGCCCAUGCAGGCUAGUGUACUCAUGCUUUACCAUGUCUGUCUGACUGUCACACGGGCCAGAAAACAGUUCUGACAAUGUGUGCCUAGAAUUGUCAAAUGUGUCACCUCAUACAUUUAUGUGACCGCAAUGCUGCAUCACCAUAGAGAUUGCAAAUAAACAAGUUUAUAAGAUUACACCAAGAUUGUUUGCUAGGGAUGUGUUAUGUACAUGUCCUCUCCCUGGAAGGUGUAGUAGGGCCAUUGGGCCUUCACCAGCUCUCUGCUUUUUGAUCCAUGAAGGCAACGCACAUAAGCUCAGUUCAGGGAGAAGGAUGUGAAUUGAGAGGUGGCAGGAAGUGAUUCAACAAGGCCACUGGAAAUGACCUGUAGGUCGUAGGUGUCAAAGCAGAUCAGCUCUUCUUUAUCAUUUAUUUUCCGUGGCUAUGAGCAUGAUACCAGGGAGGUCUGUUCACUUUAUCUUUCUCUAGCCCAGUAGCAGAGGGUGGUGGCAGACAAAGAAGAGUAAUUGACACAAACACACAACAUAAUUCACUGGUGAUUAAAUAAGAACUCUUUUGGAGAAGCACUUUCUUAUACGGUACACAUCUUGAGUAUAAUACAUAUUUAGAGAAUACAUGUUGACAUAUAGAGUUAUCCAUUUUUUCUUCUAUUUAAUGAAUCCCAUUGUUAUUGUGCAUUUUGAAUUUAUAUGUGUGUGAUUUAUAUCUCUUGGCACUUAUUGUUUCAUUUGUUUAAUUUCUUUUUGAAUUGUGUAAAUAACAUUGAAAAGGUGAAUAAAGAAGAUAUGAGAGGGGG